GAGAAGUGACAGUUUUAUUGAAUAAUAUGAUGAUCAUUUUACUUGUUUUCUUGCAUGUAUGAGGGAUUCUGGAGGAGGGGUUUUCUGGGUUUUUGUUUUCUUCUGGGUUUACAUCAGUUUCAGCUAGCAUGGAGUAUUUGAAUGUGUUAAAAGACGAUCUGUGCUUCCCAGUUUGUGAUUUUUUCAGCUGCUUGUAUGUGCUAGGAGGUGUUUGCAUUUGCAUUGGUGGGUUGAGUAUCGAUCAGCAUAAAAAGUACAUUUCUUUCCAAUGAGUUUGUUUUAGAUUUUGUGGAAUCCGAUGGUCAUUUGUUAGGUAUAUUGAUUGAUUAUUUGUCUUUUAAUUCUUUGAUUCUUUCCGUUGAAUUUUUCGAGUUUGCUGAUUUUAUUCUUUGUUGCACAUAUACUGUCAUACAUGUUUAUUCAUCAUAUAGGACACACAAACAUUUAUUGUAGAGAUUUUCACUGAUUCUGUUGUUAUUUUGUUUUGGCAUCGGAUUCCUGUUUUUGUUUGUUUUUGAUUUCUUGAAACUUCACACACUCACAUUGUGUAGAGACGCAUUAUUCUGUUUCUCUUGAUUUCUCUUCAAAAACAAAUAUUACUUGAACAAAGUUUAUACCAAUUGAAAAAGAAUUUUAUCCAAAGGUGUUUGUAAACUUCAUCCUUUUAAAUUUAAAACUUUUGAGAGGAAUAGAGAGAAACAUAGUGAAGUCAAGGGUGGAGGGUGAGUGGAGUUUAGGAAGAAAAAAAAGAAGAAAUCAAGGAACAUUGGAGGAAGGGUCUGAAGAAUGUUGGCUGGGUGCUCUUCCACAUUGUUGUCACCUAGGCAUAGAUUGAGGAGUGAAGCACCUGCACAGUUCCAAGCCUGUCAUUUCCCUUCAAUGAGCACACAAAGAUUGGAUUUGCCAUGUAGUUUCACACGAAAAGAUACACCGAGGAACCAAACCAUCAGGCCUGUAGGCCUUUCUGUUGAUAAGCCUAUUGAAGCCAAGACCAGUAGCUGUUCCCUUAAGCAGAACAUCAGGUUACCUCCUUCGGCUACGACUGCACAGACUGGAGCAUAUAUUGAGGGUAGUAGGAAAGAGAACAGAAAUGAGUUUUGGGAGAAAAACAAGAGCUUGAAGAGGUAUGCAGAGCAAGGUCCUUUUGCUGGUGAUGAUGAUGAGUCCUGUAUGAUUAGAGCUAAGAGGAAAAGGGGAAAUGGGAAGUCCCAAGAUUUUCCAGAGGAAGAAAAGAAGCUGACUUUAGGCCAAUUGGGAAGUGGGAGUUUUUGGUUGCAACAACCGCCUUUUGAUGUGCCUCGAUCGGUUCCAUUGAUUGCAGGGCUUAGUUCACCACAAAUUCCUCUCUCUCUUUCAUAUUCUGGAGAUGAGGACCGUGUGUGUUUUGUGCCCAGCGACGUCAUAUCACCGCCUUUGCCUUUAUCAAACAAUCCUUGGGUGGAAUCUGUUGUCACUCAAAUUACAGACUUAGGUGACAAGAAUGUGGAGACUGGUCAGGGUCCAGCAAAAGAGGCUUCUGCAUCAAGUACUUCAUCGGAGAGUCAAGGUUUGGUUCUGAGGCUAAACGAGAAUCCCACAGAGCAUGAGAUUGGCAAUGGCUCUAAACGGCCUAAUACAAGUGAGAUUGCUGAGGUUGUAGCAGGCCAAAAUGACGAUGACAACCACAGGGAACAUGAUGGUUUUGAGCUUGUCAGCUUACUAGUAGCUUGUGCUGAUGCAAUUGCCUCGAAGAACAUUCUGGCCAUUAACCAUUUUAUAGCCAGAUUAGGGGAGCUCGCUUCUCCAAGGGGAUCUCCUAUAAGUCGCCUCACUGCUUACUUCACCGAGGCCUUGUCUCUGCGAGUUGCUAGGUUUUGGCCUCAUAUAUUUCAUAUUUCACCACCUCGGGAUCUUGAUCGUGUUGAUGAUGAUUGUGGUACUUCGUUGAGGCUUUUGAAUCAGGUCAGUCCAAUUCCAAGGUUUAUACAUUUUACAUCAAAUGAGAUCCUGUUGAGAGCUUUUGAAGGAAAGGACAGGGUUCACAUAAUAGAUUUUGACAUCAAGCAAGGGCUUCAAUGGCCUAGUCUGUUUCAGAGUUUGGCUUCUAGGACAAAUCCUCCCAGCCAUAUAAGGAUUACUGGUAUAGGUGAAUCCAAACAGGAGUUGAUUGAAACGGGAGAUAGGCUAGCUGGAUUUGCUGAGGCAUUAAAUCUGCCUUUCGAGUUUCAUCCAGUGGUUGAUAGGUUAGAAGAUGUGAGGCUCUGGAUGCUUCAUGUUAAGGAGAAAGAAAGUGUGGCCGUCAACUGCAUCUUUCAGUUACACAAGAUGCUUUAUGAUAGUACAGGUGGCGUUCUGAGGGAUUUUUUGGGGCUAAUUCGUAGCACAAACCCCACAGUUGUUCUUAUGGGAGAGCAAGAAGCUGAGCACAAUGGUCCUGGCUUUGAAACAAGGCUCACCAAUUCGUUGAAGUAUUAUUCUGCCAUUUUUGACUCUCUUGAAGAAAACAUUGCAGCAGAUAGUCCAAUUAGGAUGAAGAUUGAGGAAAUGUUCGCCCGUGAAAUCAGGAACAUCAUUGCAUGCGAAGGACAAGAAAGGUUUGAAAGGCAUCAAGGUUUUGUGAAGUGGCAGAAGAUGAUGGAGCAGGGUGGUUUUCGAUCAUUAAACACUGGGGAGAGGGAAUUACUGCAGAGUCGAAUGCUGUUGAAGAUGUAUGGUUCUGAGAAUUAUAAGGUGGAAAAGCAGGGUGAGGAUGGAGCAGCACUUACAUUGAGUUGGUUAGAUCAGCCUCUUUACACAAUCUCAGCAUGGUGGUCAAUUGACGUUGCAGGCAGCUCAUCAUCGUUUUCUCAGAGAGUUGAUUGAUAUCUUGCUGAUUAUUCUUCAUACUCAACAUAACUGUCAUUUGUCACAUACAGGACAGGAUAGCCAAUUCUUUGUAGGUAGAGGAGUUUGUCAUUAUUCUUUCAUUCUUUAUUGCAGAUGAGAGUCAAGAGAUACGCCUUCUGCUAGGCAAGAACCAUUUUUAUGAUACAGGUCCUACAGCUUUGCAGUUACUAGGCAGAUUUCUAGAAUUCACCAUAUAGUCUUGCUAUUACAUUGCUGUUGAUUCUUUGAUUCUUUAUGUAAUCUGGAAUUCUUUCUCAAUACUGUAAUUUGAGUCGUUUUCUUUUCUUUUUUUUUUUUCAAAUUGCCAGGAGCAUAUAUUCUUUGGCAAUGCAGUAGUUGAUCCUUACACUUGUCUGAAAUAAAGUGAUUUUCUUGGUAUCUUAUUCAA